AUGCCGCAGUCGUCCGCACGGUCCCGUGGACGCCCAACUGAUUUCGGCACAAAAGCCGCUCAGCGCAGGAAGGACGGUCUUUCCACGGACGAUGCUGGAGCAAUUGCUCCGCCAGGAGGAGACCCCACUCCAGACCGGUUCAGGGUUCCACCUCCCCGCAGCUCAGGGCCGCGCAGCCGAAGGCCUAGGAAAGAGCACUUGCGCCUCACGAGCCGACCCAGAGAGCGGGAGAUCUGCACAUCCCAGAAAUGGGAGACCAGUGCUGGCAAGCUGACUGGUGACAUCAGCGUGCCCACCGCGGCGACUGCACCAACAGCCACGCACCCGUACACUUCAAAUGGGCGAAUUGUACCUGGUGUUGACACGUUCCAACGAGAUGUUCCCGAAGGGUCAGAAACGGUCUCCGGAGCCCGAGUUUGCACGGCCCGAGUCGCGUCUUGGUCGUUGGCAAGUCGGCGGCGGCGGGAACGGGGGGCCGGGCAGCCGGCUCCCGCGUCACCUCCUGAGACCCCACGGUCAGGUCACCGCACUUGGCCUCUCUGGCUGUCAAGGCGAAACACCUGUGCGUUGCAAGAUCUGAUCCAGUACGUAAAUGGAACAAAUAUGAGUGUCGAACAUCUGGCGGAUGUUCUCUCUGAGAAAAGUGGGAGCAGCAGCUGGGUGGUGGUGUUCAAAGCCCUGGUCACUGUGCAUCACCUUAUGGUCCACGGAAAUGAGCGUUUUAUCCAACAUCUUGCAUCCAGAAACUCUUUGUUCACUUUACACAACUUCUUGGAUGAAAGUGUCAUAGAAGGCUAUGCUAUGUCAACCUUCAUCAGACGAUACAGCAGGUACUUGAAUGAAAAGUCACUGGCGUAUAGACUGAUUGCAAUUGACAUCACCAAAACCAAGCGAGGGACGAACGGUGUGAUGAGAACUAUGAAUACUAAAGAGCUACUGAACACACUUCCGGUUAUUCAAACACAGUUUGAUGCUCUUCUUAAUUUUAACGCAAAUCCCGAUGAACUGACUAAUGGUAUAAUACAUGCUGCUUUCCUGCUCCUCUUUAAGGAUUCUCUUCGCCUCUUUGCAGCCUAUAAUGAGGGGAUCCUUAACCUGCUAGGCAAGUAUUUUGACAUGAGGAAGAACCAAUGCAGAGAAAGUCUGGAUAUUUACAUCAAGUUCCUCGGAAGAACGACCAAAUUGGCACAGUUCCUAAAAGUUGCAGAGCAAGUUGGAAUUGACCAGAAUGAGAUUCCGUAUCUUACUCAGGCCCCCCACAGUUUACUUGAAGCGCUAAAACAACAUCUAGCUUCUUUGGAAGAGAAAAAUGACAUUUUACCUCCAUAUAGUCUCCAGCAGGCCUUGAUUCCCUCCAUCGCAAAUAGUCGGGUUGUGGAAGCUUCAGCGAGCACAGCUUGGUUUGCAGCCCACAAACAUGCUGGAAGCAGGCAGCAAAGUGGAAGAAUGAUAGCAAACAAUCUGGACAGCUCCUUUGCUAGCCUGGUAGGAAAUCUUCAGUUUGGAGAAAGUCCUGUCAACAAUUUUGAUAUGAAGUGGUGCCCGCCUUCAGAGAUGGAAACUACUGGUGGAAUCAACUGGCAUUUGAAUACCUGUGCCUGCAUGUCAACCAUCUGGAAUUCCAUUUCUGUUCCUCCUGUUCCCCACAUGAACACUCCAGCGGCAUCCGAGCAAAACGCUUCUAAUUUUAGUUCGCCGUCGACGUUUACCUCCAGGGUCUGCCACUACCCAGCUGGCGAAUUCUCGGGUUUAGGUUUCGACUCCAGUGGGAGCUCUUUCCCUAAUGACACCUCAACCCAUGUUUUCUACCCCACUGGGCUUCAGCACCGGCCCUCCUUCUGCUCCAUCCACAAGACAUAAGACAAAAUCCCUGUAGAAGCACCAAAGCAAAAAGAUUCAGAAUCAGAGGUGAAGCCCCGUCUUCCAAGUGAAAUAAACAUUCGUUUGGACGUUC